AUGUCAGGAAUGUCAGCUGAACUGAAGUGGUACGUAGAUGAUAGAACGCUAUUGAAGCAGUAUGCAGACAGUGAUCGCGUCAUGAAUAAUGGAAAGAUGUACGAGGUUCAGGUUGAGGAGGUCCCUCAGCUUUCAGAUAGCCUUGAGAAAGUUGUUAGACCUGUAAUUAGAUUGCAGGAAAAGAAUAUCAUCCUCACUCGCAUCAAUCCUGAGAUCCGUGACACCAGUGUGCUAGUGAGAUUAAGACCUGCAUGGGACCACUUGAGGAGUUACUUAACAGCUAAAGGACGUAAGAGGUUUGAAGUUUAUGUGUGCACAAUGGCUGAAAGAGACUAUGCUUUGGAGAUGUGGAGGCUUCUUGACCCCGAAGCACACCUAAUUAAUAGAGAACAAGUCUUUAACCGUGUUGUUUGUGUCAAAUCAGGCAAGUUGUCUGCUAAUGUACAAAUUAAGAUGCUUGUAGGAGAUGGUUCAAGGAAAUCAUUGCUAAAUGUGUUUCGGGAUGGUAAUUGCCAUCCCAAGAUGGCAAUGGUGAUUGAUGACCACUCAAAGGUUUGGGAAGACAGGGAUCAACCACGAGUGCAUGUAGUUCCUCCAUUUGCUCCAUAUUAUGCUCCUCAGGCAGAGACUGCAAAUGCUAUUCCAGUCCUUUGUGUGGCAAGAAAUGUAGCAUGCAAUGUCAGGGGUUACUUUUUCAAGGAGUUUGAUGAAAACCUAUUAAGCAAAACCUUUGAAGUAUUUUAUGAAUAUGAGGUGGUUACUUUACCCCAUUCCCCUGAUGUGAGCAAUUACUUGAUGUCAGAGGACUUUGGUUUUGCUCCAAAUGGCCCUGAAAAUACUCCACUUGCUGAUGGAAUGCAUGGUGCAGAAAUCGAUAAAAGACUUAAUUUUCCGGGUAAAAAGCAUGCUGUUGAUGUGGCUAAUAGUAUCCCUGUAAAAGAAACUUCUGAUGUAAAAUCCGGAACAUCCCAGCCAACCAUCACAAUAAUUCCAUACGCUGUUGGUCCCAAUGCUUCAAGAACACUUAUGCCAUCUCAGAAACCUGGUUUGCUUGAUAAUACUGCCAGACAAGAUUUCAGCUUUUCGGAUCAGGAACAUGACAUGAAAAGGAGGAUUCUUACUAUGAAGCAUGGUCCUGACUCGAAGAAUCAGGGCUCUGGUGAGCCUCCUCUCCUAUCUAAACCACCAGUGCAGUUAUCUACUGCCAAUAUCCAACCACUAGGAGAAUGUCCUACGGAAGAAGACUCAAACGAAGGACAUAUAAAUUCUGGAAGUUCUGGCUUUUCUCAAGAAGCUGAUUCAAAGAAGUUCGAUGAGCAGAGAGCUCAUCAAAAUCAGCUCGGUCAAAAACUUUCAAGUUUUAGUACCUCUUGUUUCCUCUCUAACUCAUCUCAAGUGAAGGCAGAAGAGGUGGGGUCUGGACAUGAUAAAAAAGAAGCAACGUUUUCUUCUGGAAGCCGGCAAUCUGGUACAAAGCAGAGGUCCGACAUCCAAAUCAUUCUUACUCCCAAUAGCAUACUCUUGAAAUGGUGGAAGAGACUAGAUCAGAGUGGCCGCAAUUACACUGAUUCAAAAAUUGGAAAACUUGGGUCCUUGCUUCAAGUCGUGACCCACAUCAAUCUAGUCCAAGCAUUGGCUCACUUUUGGAAUCCCGUGACGUCUACGUUCACGUUCGGUAAACAUGAAUUGGUCCCAACUAUAGAGGAAUAUAACGUUGCCAUAGGAGUUACCCCGAUCACUAAACUUUUUAGGCCUCCCAUUGGUUUAGAGCCUGCAGUUGUCUUAGCUGAAUUUUUGGAACGUAAAAUCAAUGAGAUAGAGAAGGUUUUGGAAGCUCAUAACAAUAGUUGUCCGCUCUCCUUUUUAGUCAAACAUUAUGCAUAUCCGACGAAGCAAUCAAUGUGUCACUCCUCUAGGGUGUUUCUUUUAGCAUUUUUUGGUUUCGUAGUUUUUCCUCAUACUAGGGAUGCAAUGAAUCCAUUAGUUGCACAUCUAGUUAGGCAAGUAUGUUGCGGAAUGAAUUUCUCCAACAUGAUUUUGGCCGAAACUUUCUUAUCUCUCACACGAUUUAAAAAGAAUAAAGAAGGAAGCUUGCAUGUACCAGCUGCACUUUUGGAAAUAUGGUUUCUUUCUCACAUCAAAAAAUUUUGUAUCAACAUGGGCCUACAUGAGAUUGGUGACCACACUUCUCCAAUUGAAAUGUUUUUGCAAAACACGAAAGUUUUUUCAAGAAGAACUCUAUCCAAAUGGAUAAAUUUUUUGAAAAACAUCACUCCCAGACAAUUUUUAUGGCACGUUAGGUGGCCUAGAUUACAUAUUGCGCGUCUUACCCACCAAUCGGGUAAUCCGAUCCCCUUAGUGGGAUUCACAGGGUGUACAUCCUAUUAUCCCCUUAGGGUUAUUCGACAGUACGGCGCUAUUCAGGAGAUCCCACCUCCCCUAAGGUCGGACCUUUUCCAAUUGGACAUCACCCAAAAGGAUCUUAGUGAAUCUCAGUCACACGUCUACCAAAAGAAAGUGGAUUACAUCGAAUGUGCAUGGCACGACUGUCACCCGCAAAAGAUUACCUAUGCUGGAGAGUUGGAAGGGCAAAUGAAGGAACACCAUGCAUCCCUAGAGUACAUCAAUCGCCUGGUUGAUUCUGAAUUCUUGCCUUUCGUACCAGAGAAACCGAUGAAGCUUACUCAUAAUGCUCUCCAAGCACAGAUUGAGCAGCUCAAGCGGGACAGAGAUGAGGCGCAAGCUAAAGUCUCUUAUCUGGCCUUGCAGAAUAAGCGGCUACGACAUAUCUGUGAAUAGCCUGAUUGUAUCUAAUCUAAGUUCAUAUUAAAAUACUCCAAAUUCAAUCAAGAGGAUUAUUUUUUAUAA